UUAUUUUCCGUUUAAAGCCAGAUCUCUACUAAUUACUCAAGCUUUCAUUCGCGAAUUAGGUUCUGUUCACUACAGUUCCCAUGCUGCCUCGCGCUUAAACAGGAAAUUGUGUCGACAAGUGUAGAGCUGCUUUUCUCAAAAACAUCGUUAGCUUCGUCCGUCGUUAAAGUUUGUAAACUAGUUUUGUCUCUAGCAUGACAUUAAGUAAAAUCACAUUAUCUUGUGUUAACGGUCAAUAUUAUUAUUUUAACAGGCAAUACUGAGGUAGUUUGCGAGGGAAUUUCGUCUGUUUGUGAGUGUCCACAUACUGGCAUUACGUCACAGAAAGAAAAAAAAAUUAAAGCUGCAAACGACAAUAAUAGUGUAAAACCCCACAGCUUUAAAAAUAAAUAAGCACUCCGUGCGCAUAUGCAUUAAAACCAACUUAUUUUUAGAAAAUAAUUGUGGUUACAGUGUCUCCCUGCGUCAUGGAAGUAAUUUGAACAGUUCUCUAUUUAUAAAGUUCUCUAUUUGUACGGUAUUUGUAAUGUUGAUGGCACACAUAAUUGUUAUGAUUGCUGGUCCCUUUUUGCUGUUCCUCAUUUCUGCUUUUGUUUGUGUGCCAUCUGGUCUGCUGGCAGGUGAAAUCGAAAUCAUAAUGGGGAAUCGUGGAAAGAGGAACUGAGAUCAACAAAAAUCGCUGUCAGGAGGCUGUUUGACAUUUGUAAGAUAUCAGAUAAAGGUACUGUACAUUCAGAUGUGCUGCUCUUCUAAAACGGUUGUUCUGUUUAAAAUUAAAGUUGAAAAUCACUAGACUAUUUGAAUUUGAGACAUUUUAUAAGCACUCACAGGAUGAGAGGAAUCGUUACAUUUUACCUGACCUAUCUGCUGUGCCUGAUGUUGGGGAUCACCUGUGUGGCAUUAGUAGCUUACUGGAAUUACAGCUAUAGAGGUGGAUUUGCAUGGGACGGCUCAAUCAAGCAGUUUAACUGGCACCCAGUCUUCAUGGUCAUUGGCAUGGUGGUGCUUUAUGGGAAUGCGGCUAUAGUGUACCGUAUUCCUCUUACGUGGGGUCACAAUAAGCUCCCAUGGAAGCUGUUACAUGCUGGGCUUCUGCUCCUUUCUUUUGUUCUGUCUGUUAUCGGGCUUUGUGCAGUGUUCGAAUACCACAACGCAAACCACACAGCGAAUCUCUAUUCCCUCCACAGCUGGGUGGGGAUUUGUACCACUGCACUUUUUGCUGCACAGUGGGUCAUGGGUUUUACCGCGUUUCUCUUACCUUGUACUCCAAUGACGGCUCGUGCUCUUGUAAAGCCAGCUCAUGUUUGGAUGGGAGGAAUCAUCUUGGUACUAGGCAUUGUGUCCUGCAUCUCAGGGAUCAACGAAAAACUUUUUUUUGCACUAAAAGGAAUCACCAAUGGGACGCUGCCUUAUUCUGCAUUACCACCAGAGGCAAUAACUGCAAAUGCAUUGGGAGUCAUCAUUGUAGCAUUUGGAUUGGUUGUUUUGAAAAUCUUAUCCAAUCAGACAUGGCAGCGUCCUGAGCCAGGCUAUGAAGAGGGAGUUUACCAGCCACUGGGGUAUGAUGGAAGCUGAUGUGCUAAAGCUGAAAUUGCUGAAAGCUAAAUAUUAUGUCUAUUCUGACUGAUCUGCACUCUUCAAUGGAAUCAAAGUCCCCCGAUGUAACAACAGUUCGUCUUUCCUGUUCCUAAUUACAUGCAAAUUUUCUCUUUAUUAUAUGUUUUAUGUUUGAUUUGAUUGCUGUUGUUGUAAAGCAUAAGACAAAUUAUCGGAUGUAAAAAUCACUGCUUGACUGUCGGUGGUUUGUGCUUAUUUAUUAUUUGAGAAGACUUCUAUAAUAAAUGAUUAAAAUAAUUUAAUUAAACAA